AUGGAGACGCUCUUGCAUAUGAAUCAGAAGAUGAUUCCUAUUAGGUUACAAAAAACAAGGUCAAGGCAAAAGGUCUGUAAUAAGGUCAAGACCAUAGUUACAUGUAAAGCCAACUUCUAUCAAGUUCUUUCUCUUGAAUCACAACAUGUAGGGUUUAAUGAGAUCAAGAAGGCUUACAGGAACAUGGCUCUUCAAUAUCACCCUGACGUUUGUCCUCCAUCGGCAAAAGAAGAGUCCACUAAGCGAUUUGUGGAAGUUCGAAAGGCUUACGAGACACUUUCUGAUCCAAUUUCACGGAAAGUUUAUGAUUAUGAGUUGGGUUUUGGGUUAGGGUUAGGAUUUGACUUCCAAGUUCGAAUUGAUGAGGAAAGAAGAAAAAAUUUUCCCAGGGAAGUGUGGGAAGAGCAACUUUUUGGACUGAAACAGCGAUCUCAUGUUCGUUUAAGGAGGAAGAAAACAACAAACACAUGUUGA